CGAGGUGACAUUCACCGGCUCGGAGGGGCCGCGAGCUCAGUUGGAGCCGGUGUCUGCGGUUGCUGCUUGUUCUCUCGUUUGGGUGUUCAAAUCGGAUCGGAUCGGAUCAGAUCGGAUCAGUCACCAUGUCUUCGAGUAAUGUGAGCCUGCUUCCUAUGCUUCCCUCAGAAGAUGACCAAACUUCAAAGCUUAUUCGAAAAUCUAAGGAGUCCCCAUUUGUCCCUAUUGGGAUUGCUGGGUUUACAUCUGUGGUGGCUUAUGGACUGUACAAACUGAAGACCAGAGGAAACAAAAAAAUGUCUGUACAUCUUAUCCACAUGCGUGUGGCUGCCCAGGGAUGUGUAGUAGGAGCCAUGACUAUAGGUGUUCUUUGGUCGAUGUACAAAGAAUAUGUUGUGAAGCCCAGGGAACAGAAAAUUGCUCUGCUUCAGAAAUGAAGUUGGACCUGUUUACCGUCGUUCUUAGAAUUUAAAAUCUUAGGCUUUCAAAUGUACCUCACAUUGAGGUGAUCAGGAUUUUUCCUUUCACCUUGGAUAAGUACUUAUUAGAUAUUUAAAACUUUAGAUUUUUCAAACUUGCUUUAGACAGUAUACUAAUUUAUACUGCCCAGGAAUGAUUUUUUCAACAGGCAUGAUUAGUGCUGCUGGGUGCAGAAUACCACUUUUAUCCGAUUUUGCCCAAUUUACAAACAAAACUGUUUGUUUGUUUUUAACCUGAUACUCUUUUCAUAGUUAUCCGUUGCAAUCCUUUGAAGAAUUUAUCAGCUCCACAUUGGCAAGAUAUUAUUAAACAUUAGCCUGUUUAUCAUCAUUAUUUGUUUGGAGGGUGUUAGCUGCAGAGGUUGGACUAACAUCAUUCAACUGGCUGGUUGUUGCACGAUGCAGUACUUGAGAUCGCAUUUCACUUUGUUUUGGCUGCAUUCAUGUCUUUAAGAUGCUAAAGUUUGCUGCAAUUCAGAUCCACUUCAAAUACUUGAAAUUACAUGAGAUGCACAAUGCUUGGGCAAAGUUUAUUCCAAGUACAUCACGAGCCCUGUUUGUUUCGAGUAUUUCCACUCUGAAUUUCAAUUGGUCAAGAAGCAGUUAUUACUCUUGUAUUCAUUUUUAUUCAUUCUUGAAAGACAUUGGAAGUCUCCAGUGCAUUCUGGAGUCUGCAGCAUUAUUAAUUUUUAUGUCAAAUUCACUUGAACUUGCACAAACUGAAUAAUGUUUUGAUUUGGAAAUGGGGAGCAAAAUCUGAUAUGCUGGACUUUUAUUUCAGUAUUUUGAAGCAGGGCUUUUAAUAAUUGGUAACUUUUUACAGCUUGCCUUCAACAUUGAUGUAUUUUAAGUGUAACAGAUUAAACUGGAGACCUAAUACUUAGAAAAUGUUAGUGUAAAAUUGAUGCAUUUCAGACUAACUUAAAUAUAGGAUGAUCUUUGUUUUAGAGUAAAUUAUGAAUAUAAAGAUGGUUAUUUUUCACUGAAAAUGGGUCAAAGUUUGUACUUGCAAUCAAAUUACCUUAUAGGUUGCGAUGGGACUGUGCUACAUCAUUCAAUGAUAUUUUUCAUGUUGCAAAAGAUGUCUUGUAUUUAAAUGCACUUGAAUCGAAA